AUGUUCGAGGCUCCUUCAUCUUCUGCUCUCCCGACCUCUGCUCCUUCCACAUCUGCACCAGCUUCUUCGACUCCCGCACCAGCUUCAGCUCCCACUCAUUCAGGACCUUCCACAGAGGACGAGCCCAUCCCUCCUGAGCCUUUCAUUUAUAAGCCAGACGCAGAGAUUGCUCAGGAGGAGGUAGCAUCACCCGAGCUUAUUCCUCAGCCAUCCCCAUCACCAGCUCCAGUUCUUGAUGAUCCACAACCAUCUGCACCAGCACCAAUGCCUAAUCAGCCUCUUGCUCAGGACCCUCCAGCUGCACUGGCGUUGGACUUGAAUGAGCAUGCAUAG